AACAAAGGCCAAAAAGGAGAAAAGGUACUUCUAAGUUUACUAUUUUUUUUCUAGCAGUUUUAAAUAAACUUUCAUAACUUAUUCACGUUAAAACCACCUCGGUUGAAAACGAAGACUAGUAUCGAUUAUUAUAAUAAACCUUUUUUCAUUUCAAAUUUAUGUAGGGUGAUAGAGGCGACUCUGGUCCUGUGUUUACAGUCAAGGUAAAACAUUUAAUAACAAUUUAUUUACUGCAUAUCAAAAGGCCGAUUUUGUAACCUAAAGCUACGUUUACACGCUGCGAUUUGUCGGGCCGAUUUUGGUAAAUAAUCGAUGCCCCUUCUUCGACAUUUAGCGAUUUAAACGUUGAAUUGAAGCAGUCCGCUCUCUCGUUUGUUUAUAUUAUAGUUUUCUGCGUGCGAAAAGUUUUCAACAACUUUACAACGGAAGAAAAAUCGUUGAAUCGUGAGAAAAAUCUGUGAAUUGUUAUAGAUUUUUCUCCCGAUUUUGUGAGCAAGGUGCUGACGCGAGUACUCACGACAGGUUAUUUACAUACAGCGAGCAAAAUCGGCCCGACAAAUCGCAGCGUGUAAACGUACCUUUAAACGGUUAAAUUACAUCAGUUUUUUUUUCCUGUCCCAUCACCAUGUAUGAUUUUUUUGCCACUUUCUCUUUCGCAGCGUUUUUUUUUCAAUAGCUUAUACUAUUUAGAUUCUUUAAUUAUAGUUAACGUUGAGUUUUCUAGCUUCAUGCAUUGCUUUUAAUAAUACAUAUUGCUAUGAGGUAUAACAUUUGGUUCAGGGCCUCUUUUAAGGAUGUGUAACUGGAGGGGACAUAUUUAGCGGGGGACCUGGAGAAGUUCCAGUCGGCAAGUCUGUGUCGCUGCAGCUACCUGCAGCAUAUAUAUGCAUGGUUUAACUAAUAAGUAUGCGCCAUAGGGCCUAGGAUUUUGUGACUACCGAGUCGACCACCAAAGGUGGGAGCCACUAGAGGGGUCUGGGGGCAUGCCCCCCAGAAAAUGUUGGAUUUCUUGAAGCUCAGAUAAGCUAUUUCCAGCACUUUGAGGAGUUUUCCAACAAGAAAUUAACCUUAUACUAGUCCCUGAAAAUCAAACCAGCUGAUCUUCUGUGACUGGUCAAAUCGAUCCCUGCAACCAUGCUGUUUUGCAAAUAAUGGGGCAGGAUAUUUCUCCCUCAGUUUGUUAGUGCAGGUUUUUUUUUUUGUUCAGAAUAGCCUUGCAGGAAUUUUUUUUUCAAAAUCACCUCCCCCCCAAAAGUUAAAUGGUCGGCCCCUAAUGACACACUGCGGUAAAAACGAGAUAAAAUUUUUGCUUUCCGGUGGGGGGAGGGAGGUGCGAAAUGAAGGGGGCCCAAACUUUUGAGUUCACCCCCUCCCCCCAACAGCACGGCCCUACUUGCAGGCAUGAUCUCCAACUCUCGUCGACUCUUGUUAACUUUGAGCUGGUUGAAAAAACGUAGAGAGGUUAUCAUAGAGCUGGUACCUUAGUAAUGACUGUCUUCAAGGGCCCCUUCAAGCUUCAAUAUUGACACAAUGCAUACUGAAUUCAGUUUGUAUUAAGAUCAGUCACUAAUAUUUCUAUUUCCAUCCAGCCCGACAGGGGUGAAAAGGGAAAAAAAGGGGAACAAGGGGAUACAGGCUUACCUGGACCCGACGGAAUUCCUGGUGUCACGGUAAGAAAUUUUAAGUCUUCUCACAUUUAGUGAAAUUUCCCCGUCACAGACGUGGGGUCUUGCGCAGAGUCGUGUUUUGUAUGAUUUUCGAGUCAAACUUAAUUUCGAUCAUUAAACGCGACCUGUUUUCUUUCCUGGUGUAAGAAGGCUCGAGAUCCACAUUAUACAACAAGUAAUCUGUGGUUAAUUACCAUCUUGAGAGGUUAAUUUUGUAAUUUUAAUUUAUAGUUACUUUUGAAAAGAGGUAAUUUUAAUCGGAAACAAACCAAACCAUGUAGUAGGCGUAUUCUGUAAUCGGAAGCUAUAGUAAAUUCUUCAAAUUUGAUCUUACAGUUUGGUACGCUAUUCGCUGGCUACGAAGUUCGCUAGGUGUCAAGCGUGUGUAAAGCUGUAGUAUUUCAGUCAUUUCGCGUCCAAAUUACCGUAUUUUCAAUGGGGAAAUGCGGUAAUUUAAUUUUGCAGCUCUGUUAAUGGAAACUAAAUUUCUCUUUCUAUCCAGGUAAACGUAAAAGGCACAAAGGGAGACCAAGGUUUCAAGGUAUAAAAGUCCUACAUCUCUUUAAGAAUGCAUUUGUACAUUUAUUUUUAAAUAAACUUUGCUGAGUCUAUACUUGAAAUAUUUCUAGGGAGAAAGAGGCGAUCCAGGACAAGCUGUCUUUGUCAGUGUAAGUCAUUGCAAAACAUUCAAUGUGAUUUCAAUUUUUAAAUUUCUUUUAAAACGCAUCGCUUCUAUUUUAUUUAGGGUAAACAGGGCCGAAUUGGUUUCCCGGUAUGUAUAUAUAAAGCUUGCAUUCCUUACAGAUGAAAGUUGAACACUUUUGUUUCGUUUAGUUUGGUUUGAUUUGGUGCAGUUUAUUUAUAGUUUCAUUUGAGAUGUGAUAUCGUACACCGUUUCAGCUGUUUUUAAUUCAUUUUGUUGGAAGCAGUCUUAAUUUGGCUGCAAGGUUGUUGAUCUCAACACGCUUGUAACAAGUUGUUGCAACGACUUGUUAUUUUGAUCUAGACAAAAAUUUCAUCACAGCUUGAAAGAGCAUCACAAAAUUAGUAAUAUUCCAAAGUUUCGUUGCGAAAUGCUGUAAAAUGCGGAUAAUAUAGCCAUGCGAAGUUUGCCGUUUUUCAGUCAUUUUGUAUUACGCACGGGAAAUUGACAGUCCAAUCGGGUGUUGGGGCAACAAUUUCCCGUUUGUAAUACAAAAUGACUGAAAAUUGCAAAUUUCGCAAGGCUAUAUUAUCCGCAUUUUACAACAUUUCGCAACGAAACUUUGGAAUAUUACUAAUUUUGUGAUGCUCUUUCAAGCUGUGAUGAAAUUUGGUCUAGAUCAAACUUUAGUCUAUAAUGCAAAUGUCCAUUUAGUCCCGCUAUGCAAAUUCAAAAUUAUCAUUAUUCAUUUUUUUAGAAAUUGAUUGCUGCAGCAUGAGCUCCACCUUUGAAUUUACUAUAUGAGUAAAUUCUUAAACACGUCCGAAUUUAUCAUUAUGAUAAAUUCGCGACACAUUUUGAAUUUAUCAAUAGAGUUAAUCAUAAAACCACAAGCAUUAGACAAGAUUUCUUGUUAUAAAUGUAAUGGCACUAAAAGGGAGGCUGUUCGCGCGGGGCUGGGGAGUUCUUCAAGUCCUCCAGCCUCCAGAAAAGUUUUAAAAAGUUUUAAAAGAGUUUUGAAAAGCAAGAAAAGUUUAAAAAGUUAGAUUUUUAAAAAAGUUAAAAAAAUUUAAAAAGUUAAAAAAGUUAGGGUUAGGGGUUAGUGGUUAGGGGUUAGUGGUUGGGGUUAGGGUUAGUGUUAGGUGCCGCGAAUUUAUUAUUAUGAUAAAUUCAAAAUUUGCCGCGAAUUUAUCAUAAUGAUAAAUUCGGACGUGUUUAAGAAUUUACUCGUAUAGUAAAUUCAAAGGUGGAGCUCAUGCUGGAUUUGUUUUCACAGGCCCAAUGAACACGAAAAUAUUUGCAUAGCGGGACUAUAAAUCGUCGGGCUGCCUACGCUACUGGUUGUGAGUGACAACCUCGAAGCGACUUGACUGAUAAAAUAACAGCAUUGUUACACAACUUGUUGACAACCUUGCUAUAAGCCUGUUGCGAACUCAUCUUGUUGACAAAUUGUAAGAUUUUUACGUGCAUGUCGACAAAAAAAUUUAUGCACAAUAGUACAAAAUUAAAACGAUUUGCCAGUUGAAUGUAACCUGUACACAAAAACUGAUAACUGAUUUUUGUUGUUUCUACUGCAGGGCAAAAUAGGCCAACAGGGCGAAAAGGUAAGAACAUAUUUAUAUAACCAUGCAGUGUGCUCCAUAUAGGUUUUUUCGUAUUGAUAAAGAUCAGGCUUUUAGCUGAUAAAUGAAACCUUUAUGGAAUGACUGCGAUACAAAAUGACCAGAUGUGAUCUGAUUUAAAGUGAUCGGUUCAAUUCGUAUUUUUCCACCUUUGGAAUUUAAAUGUUCUUCUAAUUUUCGAACAUUUGCCCAAAUGUUUGUUGUCCAUUUCAGAAACGUAUGCCAUUGUAAGUCCAGUCUGCAAGCUUUCAGUGUCGUAAAAUGUUUUAACCACUCAAUUUCGACGUAAAAUGGACCAUUUGCAUUAUAGACUAAAUUUUGAUCUAGACAAAAAUUUCAUCACAGCUUGAAAGAGCAUCACAAAAUUAGUAAUAUUCCAAAGUUUCGUUGCGAAAUGUUGUAAAAUGCGGAUAAUAUAGCCAUGCGAAGUUUGCCGUUUUUGAGUCAUUUUUUAUUACGCACAGGAAAUUGACAGCCCAAUCGGGUGUUGGGGCAUCAAUUUCCCGUUUGUAAUACAAAAUGACGGCUGAAAAUUGCAAAUUUCGCAAGGCUAUAUUAUCCGCAUUUUACAACAUUUCGCAACGAAACUUUGGAAAAUUACUAAUUUUGUGAUGCUCAUGAAAUUUUUAUCUAGAUCAAAAUUUAGUCUAUAAUGCAAAUGGUCCAUUGCGAGUAAAAGUUUAUCAAAACUUGAUGCUUACACAUACGUUGCGCCAUGUUUAUUCAAGGACUUCAAUUUGACUCCCAAAUGAGAACAAUUUCAAUACACAGACAAUAGCUUCACAUGCAAUUCCCAACGGUGGAAAAAUGCAAUUUCGACCGACCUUUUUAAAUCGGAUUAAAUUUGGCUAUUGUUGAUCGCAAUGACACAAGCAUUCGACAGCUAAAUGCGUGAUCUUUAUUGGUAUGAAAAAGUAAAUAGAUGUUUUCGUAAUAUACCUGCACGAUAUCAUACCAUGGUAUUUUAACAAAUGUUAAGGUUUUUGAUAGGGCUUCUCAAACAGACCAUUUACGAGUGAGUUUUCUAAAGACGAUCAAACUUGCACCAGUCCGAAAAGACGAAUGCAAUUUGAUAUCUUUGAAAAACAUUGUCUACCGCAAUGAAUGCGCAAUGAAUGUCUCCCACGGGAGAGGGGGUGGCGGCUUUGUAUUCCUUUGGAAAUUUUUUCUUGACCUCAUUAAAUUAACUGUGGUUUUGAUUACGUCAGGAGUUGGGUUAACCAUAUAAAACUACUCUAAAAUGACCGAGUAACAAUCCAAACUUUGUUUGAAAUGUUUGUAAUAAUUUCUAAAAUUCAGACAGCAAUCAGAAAUGAAGUUUUGGACCCAUGUUGAUCUCUCGCUUUCAACGUAAAAAAUUAGCGUGACCCCUCUCUUGACGUAACAUGCAUGUCCUCAAUAAUCCAAGAUGGCGAACAGCUCGGUCGAAAUAUUUUGAAGACUAAGCAAGAUAUAAACAAUCUGUAAUAGAGUUUAUGUAGUUAAAAGAGUUCUUUCAAAUGAACUAAACUAUUUUUUAUUAAUUGCCAAUGUCCUUUGACUUGAAUUAGUUGUAUAUUGAUAUCAGUGUAUUUCAUCUCUAGGGUGAACCAGGUGUAGGUGAACCCGGACCCCCAGGGCCCCAAGGCCCACCCGGCCAGCCUGGAUCCUUGCUCACAAUGUUCAACUCAAGUACACGUCGAGGCCCACAGGGUCUACCGGGUCUUCCAGGUAGACCUGGGUUCAAUGUAACUGGACCGCGGGGUAGAUUGGGAUUUCCUGGAGCGAGAGGAGUCAAGGGGGAUACUGGAGUACCAGGAGAGAAAGGAGCGACUGGGGAUAUUACGGUAUGUAUGUGAUCAUUGCUGUCUGUUUUGUUUAUAAAGCCUUGAACAAUAAUGUUGACUUUAAUAUGGAAGAAAUUAAAGGAAGUGAUUUACACUGUCAUGAUACAAGAAAUAUAAAACAGUUUGUAAGACUCCCCCUUUGUAGAACCAAUUAGGGACAACAAAUAUCGCACUAUAUGUUUUUUAAUGAAUGGAAUAAUCUUCCGCCAUUUGUUAAAGAUUCCAGUAGCUUUUUAGCUUUUAAAAACAAAUAUGUUUCAGUAUGUAAUGAAUAACUUGUUAUCUUAGUGUUUUAAGUUUGGACUUAAUUGACCAUUUAAUUAACUUUUUGAAGACUUUGAACUUUCUUAAGAUGUCUAAUUAAUUAUUAAUGUUUUUCAUAAUCUUGUUGCAAAUAAGGUGUAUUCUGUUUGGAGUAGAUAGCAAUAAUUGUAGCCAGUAUUUUAUGUAAAUAAUUAUUUCGUCCUUAUUUGAAGAAUCUUAUGAAAACCAUCUUUGAUGAUAAGGCGUUCUCACAAAAGAUUGUUUAAAUAAAUAAAUUGGGGAGAUAAGUUUUGCUUUCAUGAGAAUUCCGCAAUGUUUCAGAAACAUUCGGCUCACAUGCACACACAAGUAUCGAGAAUAGUCCCUCACCCCGUCAAAUGUUGUAUACAUAUUUGAAUUACGUGCGGGAAAAAUAACCAUUUCUAAAGGCUGAUUUCCACUGUUGCGUUUUUCGUACGCACGUACACGCACGAAAAACUUUGAAUCGUUCUAUUUUUUAAAUAUUUUACUGAAAUAAGUUAACAAAUGCAUACUAAAACUUGCGGAACACUAAAUUCUGUUGCUUUAUUUAUUUGGUUAUUUGAUAAGUAACAUUUAAACGGAUUUAAAGUUUUACGUGCGUAUACGUACGUAUGAAAAACGCAACAGUGGAAAUCAGCCUUAAAGCCGAAAGUGGUUUUUGGCUGUAUGAAAAAUUCAACCUUAUCCAGUAAUUGUUAACUAUCUGCUUUUCAGGCUAUACUUGGUCCCAGAGGUGCUCAGGGACCGCAAGGCUUAAAGGGCCAACAGGUUCGUUAAAGUAUAUUACGACUUCUCUUUCGUUUUCUGCCGUUGUCUUUCUUUCGACUUAUACUUAAUAACCGACCGUGCCUACAACGCGCGCAAGCCAGUGAGCUAUAUAUAUACAAGCAAAAAAGGUUGAACUUCAAAAAUCACAAACCUUGAACAUUGCGUGCAAGGUAUGAUAGGUAUUGCUUAUUUGGAGCCUAAGAUUGCAUAUUAACUUAGUGAAUCAAAUAGCCCCACAUCGAAAGUGAUCAUUAAGGGUUGAUUCCACGAUGGCGCAAUUCUUCGCGCGAAAUCGUGUCCCCACUGCGAAAUAUGGAUGGAUGCACAUGAGUGAUUCUAUUGAAUUUGUCCGCUCUUUUCGCUUUCGCGGUGAGUAGAACUAACUUCUACUCACUGGCGAAGCGAAAUUGUUUCUCGCGAAGCCUAACUUAUCUUUUCUGCGCAUGCACGAUUUCAUUUCGUGCGACCGAUUUUCGCAUUUCGCCGAGAAAAAGCACUCGUGGAAUCAGGCCUUUAUACGGGUAAUAACCGUAUAUUACAAAGCAAAUUUCCCAACUCAAAAUGAAAAAUUACCCAUUAUACCUUGCGCACUCAAUGUUUAAGGUUUAUAUUUUUUGAUGAUUUAAAUGAAAAGUGAAGCUUAGCUAAUUACUUAUUAUGGAUUAUAAUUUAUUAGGGUGAUCCCGGAGUCCAAGGUGAAUAUGGUUUCAAAGGAGAGCCUGGGCUCAAGGUAGGAAUACAACAAUGACAGCAUUGCGUUAGAAAAACUAACUUUAAUUUAUUUAUACUGAGUGGAAACAUCCCUAUCUGCAUCGAGAAUUACUUUUUAUAUAUUUCUUCAAGCUUUUUCAGGAUUCUUCCCAACUUAUUCAACUACAAUAUUUUUGAUGAAUUUAUCCUGAACAAGUUGUAGCUGAGUUGACUCGACUCGUUUGCGUCAAAAAUCAACAAGACGAGUCACUUGGGACUGUCGACUCGAGUUAUUUUUCGUAUUCGAGUCGAGUCGCACAAAAUGAUUCGAGUCCGAGUGAAUUGGAAUGACUCGACUUGUUACAACACUGUGUUUAACACUGAGUCAGUCGCCUCAAACGUUUCUUACAAAUCCUUCAAAACUUAGAAUUUACCUAUGCAAAAUUCCUACUGUGAUCACAGAAUUACUUUGAGUAACUACAUCUUAAGCUGCCGGACGGAGAAAAGCUGUGCUGUUUGGUAGAGUCAAACUGGAAGCACUAUCCUCACAUGUGAAUAAGGGAAAUUAUAAUCAGACAUGAUCUAGAUAUCUCUAUCUAUUUGCUCAUAAUUUCUGAUUUCGAUUUUCAGGGUAACGCCGGUGAAAAAGGUGACCAGGGACCUUCUGGAGUUGAUGGGGCAGCAGGGCAACCUGGGAAAAGUAUUAAGGUAGAAUUAUUGUUUGAAGUAAAUAGUCCUUUUUUGGCUACAUUUCAAAUGGCGAUAUAUCUUGAGCACUAAC